GUAAGCACAUAGACAAAAGUGCUUCUUCACUUGGGUUGUUUGUUUGUUCUGCUGGCUUUACCUUUUCUUGCAGAACCAGAUAGGGUAUGCUCACGUUCUCCCUUUAAACUCCAUAAUCCUCUGGUACCCUUUUGAAAUCUCAAUAGUCGCUUUCCAUUUUUUGGUCUUUAAGAUUCCAUUUUUGACCCUUUCUGUGCGUUGCACUAUCACCACAAGCUUAUAGGUCAGUGGGUUUGGAGAGUUUUAAGCCCAAGUUUUUAUCUUUUUGUUUAAAACACCUCAAAACACUCUGUUUAGUGGUGUUUAAUGGAGUUGAAUGAGCCAUAAAGUAUUAACUAAGAUGGAGUCAGAAGCAUAAAUGCUGUAGCGGUGGUUUUGUUCUGAAGCACUAGAGAGGUUGAGCUGGUUUUGGGGUUUUGGUUCAAGUUUGGAAGUUUUAGUCUUUGAGUCAAAAUGGGUUUUGGUUUCUUUGUCUCUGUAUUGAUUCUUUCUCUGUUCUUCAAGCCUUUGGCUUGUCAACAACCCAAUACAGAUGGUUUCUUUCUCUCUGAGUUUUUGAAGAACAUGGGCUUAACUUCUUCUCCGCUGUACAACUUUUCUGCUUCUGUUUGUUCAUGGCAAGGUGUGUUCUGUGAUGCCAAAAAAGAACAUGUUGUUAAGUUUCUGGCUUCUGGUUUAGGCCUCUCUGGCUCUAUUCCUGAUACCACUAUUGGUAAACUAAGCAAGCUACAAACCUUGGAUCUUAGCAACAACAAAAUCACAUCUUUUCCUUCAGAUUUGUGGAGUUUAGGCUUUCUGAAUCUCCUCAAUCUCUCUUUGAAUAAGAUUUCUGGGCCCCUUCCCAGCAACGUUGGUAAUUUUGGCGUGCUUGAAACAAUUGAUCUAUCAAGCAACAACUUUUCUGGUGAAAUCCCUGCAGCAAUAAGCUCUCUUGUUAGUUUGAGGGUGCUUAAACUCGAACGAAAUGGAUUUGAAGGAAGCAUUCCAUCGGGAAUUCUGAGUUGCCAGUCACUGCAUUUUAUUGAUCUUUCAAUGAAUAAGCUGGAUGGAUCCUUACCAGAUGGUUUUGGUGCUGCUUUUCCUAAGCUCAAAACCUUAAACCUUGCAGGAAAUGGGAUUCAAGGGCGGGACUCGGAUUUCUCACUAAUGAAGUCCAUCACUACCCUUAACAUCUCCGGGAAUUCAUUUCAGGGUUCAGUAAUGGGUGUGUUUCAGGAGCUGUUGGAGGUGAUGGACCUGAGCAAAAACCAGUUUGAAGGUCACAUUUCUCAGGUACAAUUCAAUUCUACCUACAAUUGGUCUCGCUUGGUUUAUUUGGACUUGUCAGAUAAUCAGCUCAGUGGAGAAAUUUUCCAUGAUUUCAGUCAUGCCUCCAAUCUCAAGUACCUUAAUCUUGCAUUCAAUAGAUUUACUGAAGAAGAGUUCCCGCGAAUUGAUAUGCUUUCAGAAUUAGAAUAUCUUAAUUUGUCUAAAACUAGUCUCAGUGGUCACAUUCCGACUGAAAUCACACAAUUGAGUAAUUUGCACACACUUGAUCUUUCUCAGAAUCAUCUCAGUGGCAGAAUCCCUCUGCUAACUAUCAAAAACCUUCAAGUUCUUGAUAUGUCACAAAACAAUUUGAGUGGUGAAAUCCCAGUGUCCCUCUUGGAAAAUCUCCCUUGGAUGGAGAGCUACAAUUUCUCCUACAACAAUUUAACCCUUUGUGCUUCAGAAUUUUCCCCUGAAACCUUCCAAUCACACUUCUCUGGAUCAUUAGACAGCUGCCCAAUUGCUGCAAACCCAGGCCUUUUUCAAAGAAAAGUCUCCAACCACAAGGGAUUAAAGCUUUCUCUGGGUUUAGCCCUUUCCGUGGUUUUCAUGCUUGCUGGACUGCUAUUUCUUGCCUUUGGUUGUAGAAGGAAAUCCAAAAUGUGGGAAGCAAAGCAAACCUCGUAUAAGGAAGAGCAAAAUAUCUCAGGCCCGUUUUCCUUCCAGACUGAUUCGACAACAUGGAUUGCUGAUGUCAAGCAGGCAAAUUCAGUUCCAGUAGUGAUUUUUGAGAAGCCACUGUCGAAUAUCACAUUUGCAGACCUCUUGUCUGCAACUUCAAAUUUUGAUAGAGGCACCCUUUUAGCUGAAGGGAAAUUUGGGCCUGUAUAUAGGGGAUUUCUUCCUGGAGGAAUUCAGGUAGCUGUAAAAGUGUUGGUCCAUGGAUCCACAUUGAUAGACCAAGAAGCUGCCAGAGAACUUGAGUACCUUGGUCGAAUUAAGCACCCCAAUCUUGUACCAUUGACUGGUUACUGCUUAGCCGGGGAUCAAAGAAUUGCAAUAUACGAUUAUAUGGAGAACGGGAACUUGCAAAAUUUGCUCCAUGACUUGCCGCUUGGGAUCCGAACAACUGAAGAAUGGAGCACAGAAACAUGGGAGGAAGAUCACAAUAAUGGAAUUCAAAAUGUUGGCUCUGAAGGGUUAUUAACAACCUGGAGAUUCAGACACAAAAUUGCCCUCGGAACUGCUCGUGCAUUGGCAUUUCUUCAUCAUGGCUGCUCGCCUCCAAUUAUUCAUAGAGAUGUCAAAGCUAGUAGUGUUUAUCUAGAUUAUAACUUGGAGCCAAGAUUAUCUGAUUUUGGCCUGGCCAAGAUCUUUGGCAAUGGUUUAGAUGAGGAGAUUGCUCGUGGCUCACCUGGUUAUGUUCCACCUGAGUUUACUGAUCCAGACAACGACAGCCCUACUCCAAAAUCUGAUGUAUAUUGCUUUGGUGUUGUUUUAUUUGAGCUAAUUACUGGGAAAAGGCCAAUUGGAGAUGAUUAUGCUGAAGAGAAAAACUCCACUCUAGUUAGUUGGGUUAGAGGAUUGGUAAGGAAGAGCGAAGGGUCCAGAGCAAUUGAUCCGAAAAUUCGCAAUACUGGACCAGAACGUGAAAUGGAGGAGGCCCUCAAGAUUGGAUAUCUGUGCACAGCUGAUCUCAACUCCAAGCGACCAAGCAUGCAACAGAUAGUUGGACUUCUCAAAGAUAUUGAACCAACAUGUUAUCAAUGAAGAAGUGGAAGUUGGUUCCUGUGUUUUUUUUUUCCAACUAAGUUCCACUUUUUUUCUUUGUUGAGUUUUUUUUUAGCAGCCAUCGAGGAAUGGGAAGGAUUGUACAGUAGUCCUCAAAAAUCUGUUUAGGGUUUUUGAUGUUCUCUUUACCUUUUCCACCAUUGAUGGCCAAAAAAAUUAAUUUAUACACGAGAUUUUGAUCGA